UUUUAAUUUCCUGUCUCAAGAACGAAUUCCCAACUGAAUUAGUUCAAAUCACAAAGUACGGAGGGGUGUACGGUGUACAGGAGGAAUUUAGUACAAAUAGUACAGCGGGGCCAACAAGUACAGCUUACUUCCAAGAGAUUCUAAACCAUAUAGUAAACAAGGUUGAGAUAAAGAAAAGACAGAAAAUAUUCAGUUUCAAACAUUCAUCGAUCACAAGUAUAAAAACAUUUAGUGUCGAACAUGGUCUUCGGACAGAUAUGGCAGUAGUUCUAGAGAUUAAAGACAUUACGAAGGUUGAAAGUUUUGAGGUGAUUGAUCCUGCUGGAAACCAGAAUAGUUUUGCAAAAUUCCAGGACGGUCUGGUAUACUUCAAAUUUCCGGGUGAAUCACUAACUGGAGUGUGGACAUAUAAAGUUAAAAUGUACUCUGAUGCCAUUAUUCCAUCCCAAGGGUUUACAGUGGAUGUUACUAUCACAGAAACAGAUGAGGAUGCAGUAAUAGCGCUAGCUACAACUAACAAGAUUAAUACAGUCGUCAAAGAGAUUUCUGAAAAAAUUAUUAUUUCUACAAGUUUGUUUCGUGGUACAGUUCCUAUCAUUGGUGCAUCAGUAGAGUGCAGAGUUCAGGGUCCGGGAGGGUUUGUUUCCAUGUUCCCCUUGAAGGAUUCAGGACAAGGGUUCCCAGAUAUAACUGCUCAGGAUGGAAUAUAUUCAGGCUACCUCAAACAAUUUGCCACCAGCCCAGGAACUUACUCAAUAGGGAUAACAGUAACAGAUAAUAACGGAAAUGCAUCUUUGGAGAAGACACGAGGUGACAGCCCCAUUAUUGGUUCUAUUCUAUAA